AUGCACAUCAUGCCGUUCACUUCCAUCACGGUCAUCGUCGCCCCUUACCACGUCGGCUUGUACGACCACAGAGUCGGCGGCGGCCCGUUGCGCAUUUUGUCUCAUGGACUGGCCGAUAAGCUCGAGAGUCUUGUUCCGAUACAUUUCGUCAACAUCGGCCCUGUGGAUGAUUUCGAGGGCGAGAUCGGACGCACUUUUGAGGUCAUGAGACGCAUCUCUACCAGCGUCUCGCAGGCCGUCACGUCAAACUCCUUCCCCCUCGUCUUGUCGGGCAACUGCAACGCGAGCGCCGCCGUAGCUGCUGGACUCAGUAAUUCCGUACCCGAUCUGAACGUCCUCUGGAUCGACGCGCAUGACGACCUCGAUACGCCGUCGACCAACGAGAAUGGGUACCUCGACGCCAUGGCUCUGUCCAUGUUGAGCGGAUCGAGUUGGCAUACCCUCAUGAAAUCCGUACCUGGCCAUGCGCCGCUGAGUCUCGACCGAGUUGCGUAUUGCGGUUUGCGGGACGUAUCUCCGAUUCAGAGGCAGGCGGUCACGGAGGCUGGAGUGGAUGUGAUUUGGGGUGACGCCUCGAAAAAGGUCGAUUUUGGCAGGGAGCUGGGGCUUCUUUUAGACCGGAAACGCUUUGGAAAGACGCAUGUUCAUCUUGACUUGGACGUCUUGGAUGAGUCGCUGGGCCGUGCGAAUGACUGGCCUUCACCCGGUGGACUGGAUGGCCAAGACCUGUUGAACUGUCUCGGGACGAUACCUACAAAGACGGAGCCGACUUCUCUUGUCGUUUGUUCUUUUAACCCGCGGCUGGAGGGAGGAGAUACGAUAGCUAGACUUGCCGUCAAAGGCAUUGUUCACUUUGCACGGGGGUUGAUCGAGAGGCGUAUUCUCACUCCCGAGGCACGUUCAUAG